AUGGUAAAACAAAAACCAUAUUCAUAUAAUGAUCGUGACAUGAACCAAUAUAAAAUGCGUACACUUUAUGGUGGACAAGCAAAUAAUUAUCGACAAAAUCCAUCGAGUAGUAAUCAUGUUCCAGUAGCUGAAUCAAGUGGAUGUUGUUGUCGUUCAAAAAAAUCUAAUAAUAUGUCUCCACGGCCUGCUAUUGUACAAUCUCAACCACCUCCACUAACUGCUCAUGAAAAAGCUCAUUUAAGACUUGAUCCAACUGAUCCAUUUUAUCAUCGUCAUGGUCGAAUUAAUAAAAAUCAAAAUCGAACAAAAAAUUCUUAUCAACAAAAACAUGGAAAAAACAAAGUCCAUUCAAAUGUACAAACAGCAUACGUACGACAAUCAAAUAAAAAUUCUAAUCAUCCUGUACAAGCUACAGCACCAACAACAAAAAAACAAAGUUCUUGUUGUACAAUUCUGUAG